AUGCCCUGUUCGCCCCGCGCCACCGUCCUUCGGGACCUGGUCCUGGGCGUCCUGGGCACCGCCGCCUUCCUGCUCGACCUGGGCACCGACGUGUGGGCUGCGGUGCAGUACGGGUUCAGCGGCCGCUACCUGUGGGCAACGCUGGUGCUGGCGCUGCUGCUCGGGGCCUCGAUCGUGCUGCAAGGUUUCAGCUGGAUCUGGCUGCGCGCCGACCCCGCCGACCUGCACACCUCGCAGCCCUCUCCUCGCUGUCUGGCGCUGCUGCAUAUCCUACAGCUGGGCUACCUGUACAGGUGUGUGCAGGGGCUUCAGCAGGGGCUAUUGACAUGGCGGCAGGAGGUGCCCUCAGAGUUUGACCUGGCCUACAGCGACUUCCUCUCCCUGGACAUCAGCAUGCUGCGGCUCUUUGAGACCUUCUUGGAGACGACACCUCAGCUGACACUGGUGCUGGCCAUUGUGCUGCAGAGCGGCCGGGCGGAGUACUACCAGUGGGUCGGCAUCUGCAUGUCAUUCCUGGCCAUCUCGUGGGCGCUGCUUGACUACCACCGGGCCCUGCGCACCUGCCUGGCCUCGAAGCCCCUCCCGGGGCUGGGCUCCUCCGUGAUCUACUUCUUGUGGAACCUGCUGCUGCUGUGGCCCCGUGUCCUGGCCGUGGCCCUGUUCUCAGCCCUCUUCCCCCGCUACGUGGCCCUGCACUUCCUGGGCCUGUGGCUGGUGCUGCUGCUCUGGGUCUGGCUCCAGGGCACAGACUUCAUGCCAGGCCCCUGCUCUGAGUGGCUGUACCGGGCAACGGUGGCCACCAUCCUCUAUUUCUCCUGGUUCAACGUGGCGGAAGGCCGCACCAGAGGCCGGGCCACCAUCCACUUGGUGUUCCUCCUGAGUGACAGCUGUCUGCUGGUGGCUGCCUGGGCGAUGCACAGCACCUGGCUGCCCAGCAGGAUCCUGUUGCAGAGGUUGCUGUUUGUGGGUGCCGGCAGCUUCCUCUUGGGUCUGGUUCUGCGGCUUGUCUACUACCACUGGUUGCACCCUAGCUGCCACUGGAAGCCUGACCAGGUGGACGGGGUCCGGGCCCUCCUUUCACUUGAGUGGCAUCAGCUGCCUCAGAACAGGCGCAUGACCAAGAUGGCUAAGAACUUUUUCCCAAAGGCUAAGGAUGAAACUACUUCCUUAAGGAAAGACGAGGUGAAUGGUGUCCUUUGA